AUGGAGGCUGUGUCAUUGGUGCUAGCUGUUGCUGGGACGUUGGAUGUUUGUGUCAGAUACGGUAAAGAACUCGUCAAAAUUUGCCGAGAAAUACGGACCCUCAGCAAGGACAUCGAGCAGCUGGCAUUGAUUAUCGAAGGAAUUUGGCUCAAAACAGAGGUACAGGUCACCUUAUUGGGACGACUAUGGAGCUCUGCAUCUUCGUUACAUCCUUCGUUACAAGCGCACUAUGCAGAUGCCAUCCAGGGUCUCUAUCAGCAGAUUCAUGGGGCUCGGGACAUACUUCAAAAGAGCAAUGAUCGCCAGCUAUCAAGCUCCAAGCAUCUGGAAAGAGCCAAAGUGCUGUACCUAGUAAAAAGCCUCAAAAAGAUCGUGGCCGAUCUGGAACAAUGGCAGCGAAGGUUUGAUCCAUCAUGGUACUUAAUCACACUUCUUUCGGCCUCGAAUAUUGAUGAGAAACUUCACGAUCGAGGGAGCACCCCUUCCUCGACGAGACUCAUCCAGAUCAGAAACGCUAUUCGUGACGUCUCCGAACAGAGGAACGACUCUACGGAUUCCAUUUUCAAGUCGAAAGAGUCUACGGGGAGGGACCGCGAUAAAAUAUCGGGCACGAAUACUUAUACCGCACGAUACGAUGGACGUCGGGUCCUGUUGGACAGAACAAACUAUGGAAUGAACGCAAAUCUCCAGACAAUCAAAAGUCAUGUUCGGGAUCUGGCACGCAUGCUUAUGCAUGUUGACCCAGACUCCUUUGGUCUUCUCAAAUGCGUGGGCGCAGUUGAGGUCCAAUCUCAUGAUUCUGCACAAACCUCCCCAACCACACAAUUUGAAUUCAUUUUGGACAUACCGGACAAGCUCAAAUAUCCCAAGACAUUGCGAAGCCUUCUGUUGGGCAAUGCAAAGUUAUCUUUGACAAAACGCAUUCAGCUUUCUAAGCAGCUCGCAAGAUCAGUUAUGUUUGUCCACACGACAGGAUUCGUCCACAAGGGUAUCCGCCCUGAAACAAUGAUCGUAUUCAAUGAUGGUGUCACUGAUGUGGGGCCAUCCUUCCUCAUCGGCUUCGAGCGUAUUCGACAUGCUCACGGUCAGACCGAUCUCAUGGGAGAUCUUGAGUGGCAUAAGAACAUAUAUCGUCAUCCUGUACGCCAGGGGCAAUGGACCGAAGAAGCGUACAUCAUGCAGCACGACAUUUACAGCCUGGGGGUUUGCUUGCUCGAGAUUGGCCUGUGGCAUUCCUUUGUACAGUGGGAGUCGGAUGACAGUCAACCACACCCCUGGUCGGAUUUGGACAUACAAGAUGCUAUUUCCGACAAGGAUCCUCGCCAUGGUGGAUUUACCACCAAGAAUAAACUGGUGACCAUAACAAAGGAUCGACUUCCAAGCUUAGUCGGAGAUAAUUACACCAGACUGGUUCUUGCUUGUCUGUGCUGCCUUGACGAAGGAAGUGAGGACAAUGUCUUUGGAGCAUUAGGGAAUGGUGUUAAGGAUAGGGACGGCAUCGUGGUGGGUGUCCGCUACAUUGAAAAUGUUCUACUCAAAACCGAAGAAUUGCUGAUCUAG